CUUGCAGUCUUCCUGUUUUCAUCGUCAGCAGCAACACCGUUAGUUUGAGAACUUACAAUUGGUAUCAUUUGAUUCUGUUGAUGGAUUAAAAGCAUCUGUAUCUGCAAAUUAUAAACAUCAACAUACAGAGCCUUUCUUCACAGAGGGUGUACCCGUUACUGAUAUCAUCAGGAAUAUUUUUUCACAAUGAGUGUGUCUCAAACAAUGGAGACAGAGGAGGAUCUCCUGACUUGUCUCCAGAUCAAGCUUUACCACCCUCAGCAGAAUAGCAAGGGUCUUUAUGGAUUGCUUCCCCUGGGGAAGAGGAGCAGACACUCAGCAGAUGACCCUCUGAGGCUGGGCCGUGACAGCCAGACCUGCACCUACGCCCUGCUCGACCCUCGGGUGUCCCGAAAACAGCUGGCCCUCCACGCCUACCGCACACCCCAGGGCCCAGACAUGCUGUUCACCGUCCAGAACCUGAGCCAGAGGGGACGACUGUCUGUGAACAGCUCAGCUCUGGGCUACCUGGAGAGGAUGGAUCUCCCUAACAAGGCCCUGAUCCGGUUCGGAGAGUAUGAAAUCCUGAUCAUCCGUGAGUCCGGCGAGGCCAAGGGGAGCUUUGAGGUGGAGUUUGAGAUGCUAGCUGUGCCUCCGUCAAGGGAGACAGGCAUGUGUGUGCCUACUAUGACACCUGUCACGGACACAGGCGCAUGUGUGAUGAAUGGUCUCCCAUCUGAGCUCAUAGCACUUGGUCCCCUGGAGACUGACGAGACCCUCAUGUGUCAGUCAUAACCAACUAGCGCCUCUCUGUGAAAUGUUGUGACCUACUUUUAUACUUUUUUUUUAUUGACUUGCAAUUGAAGGCAACGCAAAAUGCCCCAUAGUUGUUACAUUAAAGUUCAUACAGGCUUAGAUAAAAUCCCUGUUUAUAAUGUGAAAUCAUCAUUGUUUUGUAUCCUAUAUCUAUUACUUUCAUGUCUAUAUUAUUAAAAAAAAAGCUGUGACCUUAAUAACCCUUACUUUGUAAGUGCAAAUGCUAUGAGGUCUUAAAUGUAUUGCUUUCUACAUUUUCAUCUCACACAUUAAAUUGUUUU